AUGGCCGCGACGCACUCUCCGUCUUCUAUCUUUCUACGAGGUGGCACCGUCCUAACACAUGAUGACCACGACCAUGUGGUUCCCCUGCGGAACACUGACCUCCUUGUCUGCGACGGUGUCAUCACCGACAUUGGAAAGAACAUUUCCCCUCCCAGCAUCGACAUAGAAGUGAUAGACUGCAAGGGCAAAAUCAUCUCUCCCGGCUUCGUCGAUACCCACCACCAUCUCUGGCAGACGCAACUGAAGGGAAGACACGCGGAGCAGGGGUUGGUAUCAUACAUGUACACCGGCAAUAUGAUGUCCUAUGCAUAUUCUCCCGACGACAUGUACUGGGGCCAAUUGUCGGGCUGUCUCGAGGCCAUCCACGCCGGUACCACGACUGUCCUGGACCACGCCCAUUGCGCCUACAGCCCUGCCCACGCCGCAUCGGCUCUCAACGCAACCAUCGACUCCGGCAUCCGGGGUAUCUUCGCGUACAGUAUUCCCAUGCGCAUGUCCAAAUGGGACCAGUCGCAGUGCAUCCCGGACCAAGACCUCCUUCCGGAGUGGGCACUCAAGCAGAUUGCGGAUCUGGCUCAGACACACAAUCAGCCUGGUGCAAUGGUCGAGAUUGGCAUGGGGUUUGACUUCUGGUUCCUCCCGCAAGAGAUGGUUCUGGGCAUGCUCGCGAAAUUGAGGCAAAGUGGACUAAGAGUCCUGACCAGCCAUGCCGGUUGUAACGCCUUUAUGGGUCUUCAAUCACCCGUACCCAAACUUCAGUCCUACAGACUCCUCGGCGCGCCCUACCCACCAUCAGAAACCGCACGGGAGAUGCCUUUCCUUCUCCUCUCACACUGCAACGGUCUCCCGCAGGAGGACCUAUCCAUCCUCGCAUCAACCGGCACCCCAAUCUCCAGCACACCGGGCACCGAGGCCCAGAUGGGCAUGUCCUACCCCGUCGCCCUGGACCCGGCGCUGCGACAUCAGUAUGGCGGCAGAGCCAACGUCUCGCUCGGGGUCGACUGCCACUCAAGCGAGCCGUCGUCCAUGCCCCAGCAAGCCCGCAUGCUGCUGCAGCUGGCGCGGGUUGAGAAGAACGCCCGCCUCCUCGCCGAGGGCAAGUUCCCGUCCGGCGACGUCACGGGCACGUCCGAGGACGUGUUCAACCUGGCGACGAUCCGUGGGGCGCGCUGUCUCGGCCUCGACGCGGACAUUGGCAGCAUCGCGCCGGGCAAAAAGGCCGAUCUGCUCGUCUUCAACGCCUCCGCGAGCGUAGGCAUGCUGAGCGCGGCCGAAUACGACCCCGUCGUGGCGAUCGUGCGGUUCAGCGAGGCCGCAGAUAUCGACACCGUCAUCGUCGACGGCGUCGUGCGCAAGAGGGCCGGAAAACUGCUGGUUACCCCCGUCGGCAGGCACGUCACUGCCAGCCAGGCAAACGUCCGUGGAACGGCAGCAGCAGAGGCAGUAGAAGGCGUAUCAGAAGCGGCUACGGUUCAUUUGGAGUGGACCGAGAUCGCCGACCGGGUCAGACGCAGCCAGAGAGAAAUCCAGUCCCGAAUCGACGGGCUCAGCCUCGACAAGGCAAGGGACAUGAUGCUGAGUGCCUACCACACGGACCUGAGCAGGCUGGUGGAUGCCAGGUAG